AUGGCGAGCAGCGUGGGGCUGGCCGUGCCGGCGGUGGAGGUGCGCUUCGAGGAUGUGCACGUCGAGGCGGGCGUGUACGUCGGCACGCGCGCGCUGCCCACGCUCCUCAACUUCACGCGCAACUCGCUCGCCGCGGCGCUGCGGUCGCUGCGCGUGGUGCCGGAUUCGCGGCGCCCGUAUCCGAUCCUGCACGGAUGCUCGGGCGUGCUGCGGCCGGGCCGCAUGACGCUGCUGCUGGGGCCGCCAGGCGCCGGCAAGUCCACUCUCAUGCAGGCGCUCGCGGGCUGCCAUGACAAGUCGCUCAAG